GUCCGUUCGCGUAUCGGCCACGGCUUGUAGAUGAAAGUCCUCUGACGGUGCUUCGUGUUUGUAGGCGCUUGUUAUCUGCGUGCAACGACCGAUUUCCUGAUAUUCCUAUUGCCCUAUCAUCGCGUCAUAACAGCUCAUCGCACUCUCCCCUCACGACUACCAUGGUUGUAUCCUUAUCUCUUCCGGGUUUUAACAUUUCCACUUCCAACCCACCUCAAAUGGACACAGAAAGCCAUAGGUGAGGGCUGGCAGGGCUAUUGGAUUGGACGUAACGCUGCUGCCGUUGACGACAUGGAAACCUUGGCGGCAUCAGCUGAUUUUGUUAUUCUGGAUAUGCAUGGCGGAGGCUUCACUGAUGGCAACGCACUGAUGUAUCUCCGUACCUUGGUACAGUGGCUUACAGACAUAGACAAUGGAUACGGUCUGAAAGGCAUUAUCUUAUCUAUGGAGUAUGAACUCGCACCUACUGCUAAAUGGCCGAGGCAAGUAAACGAAUGUAUGGCAGCGUAUAAACAUAUCAAAUCUCUGCUUCCACCCGAAAAAAUCAUUCUAGCUGGUGAUAGUGCAGGAGGUUGCCUUGUACUGAAUCUACUCGCAAAAGGGUGUGAGUGUGCUGCAGCCGUUACUAUUUCCCCUUGGACAAAACUUCGGUCUGAUGCCUCCACAAUUUAUACUCUGAAGGAUAAGGACUGGAUAUCGGCAAAGGGCCUCAAAUUCUGUGAAGAUGCAUACGUGCCUGAGGCGGUGGAUGCGCAUACACCUGAUAUCUCCCCAUACUACCAAACCUCCUUCAAAAACUAUCCACCAUUGCUUGUGACUUUCGGCACGGGUGAACUCUUUCUAGAAGACAUCCGAGCAUUUGUUAACAAAGCACGGAAGGAUCAAGCGACAGUAGAUGUAUUGGUACGGGAAGAUAUGGCUCAUAAAUGGUCAAUGCAACCACUCUAUUGUCCAAGCCUACAGGCAUGGAAAAGUGAUAAUGCUGCCAUUGCGCGAUGGAUGGCACUACACCUACGAGCAAAAGAAUAACAAGAUUAUAUCAUACUGCUUUAGCAUACCAAUAUGAGUAAAUGUAAAAGGACAAGAGAAAACAUGGUUGGAAAUUAUGAUAGUUGGAAAUUACGCAAUCAAAAGAUAUUGAAUGUACAUUAUUGCAUUUUCAAACUGAAAGAGUGUGUCAAAGCAACGAACGCAAGGCCAGCAUUGCAGCAGCUCUGUGCAUGUAAAUAAAUCACUUCCUACUUGAAAUAAUUGUCUCUUGCAGAUGUGACAUUAAAUCAGUUGGGAACGCCUAGACGGUAUCAUCACUGCCGUGCGCAAUUAAAAAAAUAAAUAAACCAGAUUGCUUGGAACCGAAUGAUUUACAUAGCAC